AUGAACCUUGCAUUCUUGGCUAAGUGGCCAGAGCAUGCAUGUCUACAUGGACAAGGGAUCCCUGCAGAAGGACUUCUUACCCCUCAACAGGAUGUGAUCGUCAAAAUAGCUACUGAAAAAUGCAAGACUGUCAUUGUGUGCUGGUACCGGUGGAUUACAAAUACAGCACUUUUGGCACGAUCAGGCAACUCGAAUGUUGCACUAGAUUUGGCGGUGACAAUGAGUGGGGGAGACAAGCUCAAGGGCACGAGGGCACCACAAGAAGUUGAGGUGUACUCACAAUGCCAUUAUGAGACACGCAUAAAAGAUGCUGCAGAUGCCGCAAUUGUAGCUGCAGGGGCCACUUCACGUGGUGAAAAACUGUCCAAGAGAAAGGAAGUAACACGCAUCAAAUAUGCCUCAGAGGACAAGGAUGUGAGAACUGAAAUCAAGAAAAAGCACCAAGACGCACUUGAAAAGUGGAAGCAGGGCCGCGAGCUAGCCAAAGUGGGAUUCAUGGAAGAAAUCACCAAUGAUACAAAGAUACAGGCUUUCAAUGAAUUGGGACCACACCUCGAUCAUGUCUUCCAUUAUUUAUCUCACAAGACUGGUGGGCUCAAAUUUAGUUGCAUCGCUGGGGGACGUAAUCCAAGCAUGGGUGAAAUUGUUGUAAUCAACUUCCAUUUGGGAGAAACAGAUACUGACACAGCCUUCUCAGUGUGCUACCCAGGUUUCUCAGAUGUUCAAGCUGCCUAUGCAGAUUUCUCAAAGAAAGCCAUUGCACACAAUAAAAAUAUGCUGGCACUCAAGAGUGCGGCCGACUCAGAUAUGUCAGCCAAGACACCCAUUGAUAGUGAGCCUUCUGAGGAGACUGAUAAAGAGGACCAAGACCAGGUGACACAGGAUGAAGAGGACAAAGACCAAAAUGAUGAGGGAGAGAGGAAUAUGGUUGGUGAUUUUAGGAUGGAGUGGUUGAAUGACCUCUAUCAUAUUGGGCCCCAGGAGAACUCAUUCCACCCCAACCUCAUUGAUACCAGCCUUGAUACCAGCUUUCACCAGCCUCAACAUAACUCCUUUCAUUACGCUUCUCCUCAUUUUGACUUUGGCAACUUCACAGCUGAGCAAAACCCGGAGUAUCCAAUCAAAAAUUUCUUUUUAAAUGCAAGCUAUCCAUAUGGUGACCGAAUGUCCCUGCCAGUAGAGCCAGUCUUAUCAGUUGUCGCACCUCACAAUGCACCUUCACCUCUGGCCUCAAACAUUCCAACUCCUGACAUUCCCUCCUCACCAGUAGUGACCUUACUGCCUGCGCCACCUGCAAAUGUCCAAUGUCACCAGGCCAAUGAACAAACGAACAACAACGCAGUGGGCAGACCUACAACUGGACUGACUGAUGAGGGGCAGUCAGAUGAGGCUCCACAUUGUACAGCACAUCGACACAUCCCAUCAAAUCGUGCACAGGUACUUAACACCAUUGGAUCAUUGAAUGCUCACAUCUGUAUGACAACUAGGGAGGCUAAAGAGAAUGAUGAACUUCUGCCGGUCACGCCAGCUGCAAAACGCAAGGCCAAGUCUAUCAACCAAUCCAACAAGUAA